AAUGAAAAGGUAAGGCAAGUUAAAGAUUUGCUUUUUAUUUAUGUUUAUUAGAGGGAAUUAAAAAAAAACAACAAAUAUUGCAUUAAUAGUGUAGCCAGACUUUAUUUUACUAUUAAAAUAUAAUAUUGAGCUUCACCUGCUUCGUUACUAUGGUAAUUAUAAUUUAAUACAAACAAAACAUUUACAAAACUGUAAUAUUUCUUACAGUAGAAAAUUUAUCAUAAAAAAUGGAAGAUUUACAAAACAAUUCCUUGGCAAAUGCUUUGCCAGUGCUCAACUUUCAAUCAGAUGAUUUAAUUGAGAAAUUAAAACUUUUAAAUUAUGAAAAAACCUUAUUAAAUGAUUUAAAAAUGAAACCUUUAUCAAGGUUCUACUUUGUAAAGUCUACGAAUCCUGGUGAACAAUUUUACAUGUUCACCUUAACUUGCUGGUGGCUAUGCCUAAAGUUGGGUAAAAAUAUGGAACGUCCACAGGAGUACGAUGAUCCAAAUGAUGUUAUAUCGAAAAUAUUAGCAAUACUAGAACAAAUGGAUGUACCCAUCGAUUUUACACCGAAUAAACUUAUACGAGGAGCUGGACCAAAUUGUAUCUUCGUCCUGGACACAUUAGCCACACAUGCAUUGAAAAUAAUGAGACUAUCAUGUCAGAAACUGCAUAUAGCUCAAGAAGAUGAAAUUGCCAAUGAUUAUUUAGAGGAUAAUGCUGAAAUUAUACUCGAGAAAAUCGAAGAUGAACAGAAUGAUGCACUCAGUGAUGAUAACAGCGAAUUGGAUCUAAAUCAAAAUUCCCUAAGACAGUGGGGACAAAAGAGGCAGCAUCACAUAUUGGAUCAUGAAAAUAUUAGCGGAGGUGCUGGCAAUAGUUUGCAGGCAGCGGAUAAGUUAACGGAUCAACAAACUUGGCGUUUGGAAUUUGAAGAAGUGAUGCCUCAGUUAAAGGUUUACGUACGAAGUGAUGUAAGAGAUUGGCGGGCGCAUUUAAAUCAAAUGAAUAGUUUAAAGGAGAGUAUAACAGAGUUUACAGAAGGAACUCAAACCGAAUUGAAAAAGUUACAUAAUGAGUUCACUUUCAGUUUGGAUAAAAUCGAGAGUCGUGAAAAACAUUUGAAUAACGAAUUGCAUAAUUUAAUUAUGCAAUAUAAAGAUGUUUCUAUAGAAUUGUCAAAUGUCCAAUAUGCCCAUACACAAGUUCUAGAAGAAACCGAACGUUCCAUGGAUCAACUGAAGUCUGUUAUAUCGGAAAAUGAUAAUAAAAAGGCAGAAAUGGAGAGAAGGGGACAAAUGAUGUCUGAUAGCAGUUUUGUUUUACAGAUUAAAAAAGCCGUCUCGAAAAUUAAAGAUGAUGUGGCCCAUUUGAAUUUAGAGGUGGCUUUAUUAAUAAAUGGCAUAGAUCGUGAUAUUUUAAAAAGAACUGGACCAGGCAUGGAAAUGGAAAAGUUUAUAUAAUUUCAAAAUAAAUGUUUUUUAAGUUGUUGAUAACUUUUUUUGUAUUUUUAAGUGGAAUUUUAUAAAGGGACCUAGUAAAUGAAACCCAUUUAGCACUUUAUAUAAAAUGUAUAUAUUCCCACGCAAUAAACAA